AUGAAGAGAAAGAUAGCAAUAGGCUUCGAGGGUUCAGCCAACAAGAUCGGCGUUGGAAUCGUCUCCCUAGACGGUACAAUCUUAGCCAACCCUCGCCACACAUACAUAACCCCACCAGGUCACGGUUUCCUCCCUAGAGAGACAGCACAUCACCAUCUCGCCCACGUUCUUCCCUUAGUCAAAUCAGCUCUCGAAACAUCCAAAAUCACCCCUGAAGAAAUCGACUGCAUUUGCUACACUAAAGGUCCCGGGAUGGGAGCUCCCUUACAAGUCUCAGCCAUUGUGGUUAGGGUCCUGUCACAGCUUUGGAAGAAGCCUAUCGUUGGUGUGAAUCACUGUGUGGCUCAUAUUGAGAUGGGGAGAGUUGUUACUGGAGCUGAUGAUCCUGUUGUUUUGUAUGUGAGUGGUGGGAAUACUCAGGUGAUUGCUUAUAGUGAAGGGAGGUAUAGGAUCUUUGGUGAGACUAUUGAUAUUGCUGUUGGUAAUUGCUUGGACCGUUUCGCUAGGGUUUUGAAUCUCUCUAAUGAUCCAAGUCCUGGAUAUAACAUCGAACAGUGCAAUGUUAUGAAUGUUGCGAUUGUUUCUUUUGAUUUGGAUGAUUUCGAGAUUGUUAUAACAUGUAACGCUUUCAAAUUUAAAGGUUGGCAAUUUCUUGGUAGCAGUUCAGUCGACAUUUUCUACCGAGAAUGGUGGGGAGAUAAAUGCGUUAGUCUUCCUUAA